AUGGACAACCUUCAUUUAUCUUUAAAGGAUUGCAGUACUACAAAGUGGUCUUCAAACCAGAAAUCAGUCAGUGCAUUAAACUUACAAUUGUCUGAUGUCAUUAAAGUGUUUGGUUUAUUAAAUCGAGAAGCAUUAUCCGAUGAAGCUAAAUUUGAUGCUCAAACUUGUUAA